AUGGAUACACAUAUGAUACAUCACAAGAUAAAGGCUGAAUGGACGAGAUCGUGUUCAAACGAGACACAUGGAGAAUCAACGAUAAAAUACAUAAAAAAUGAUAAAAUUGAGCAAAAGACAAAAAGUGGAAAAGUAAAAAUUCUUGAACAAAUUGUUUUGCGGCCUAGCCAUGAAGAAUCGCUAUUAUUAAGCACCAAUAAUGAUCUGAAAGUAGAAGUAAUCAAUAAGAAGACAUCCAGUAAGAAAAAUGAAGAUACAAGGUCCAGAAAAUGUCAAGUUUGUGAAAAAAGUUUUCCGGUAUCGAAUUUUGACGAGCAUGUCAAGUCACACAGCCUGUUUGAAUGUACUGAACAAGACUGCGAUAAGAAAUUUAAAAGAAAAUCAAGUUUAAGGAAGCACAUGUACAUCCAUAAAGGCAAAUUCAAGUAUUUAUGUGAGGAUUGUAAGGAAACCUUUAUCGAUAAAUGCAAAUAUCAGAUCCAUAUUGCCUCAAAGCACAAGAAAAUUGAAAAAUUAUACGAAUGUAAGGAAUGUGAAAAAACAUUCACGUCAGCUGAUUAUCUAAGAAAGCAUCAAAUAACUCAUAAAGAUGAAUAUCCAUAUCCAUGCACAGUUUGUAAUCAGAAGUUCAAGUGGCUGACAUCCCUUCAAGCACACAACAUGAUUCACACACAGAAUAAAACGAUGGUUCAAUGUAAAGAAUGCUUCAAGCGAUUUUUUAAUCAAAGGACACUUGAAAGGCACAUGAAUAUCCAUAAGAAUAUAAAAUAUAAUUGUAAGAUUUGCAAUUCAGUCGUUAGUACUCGAAAAGACAAUAUAAUGAGACACAUUCGUCAUCUUCAUACUGACAUUCCAAGAAAUGAAGUGUCCAAUCACAUUGUAACUGUCGAAGACAGCAUUAAAGUCCACGAGACUGUAAAUGUUAAUCAAGAGAUUGAUGAGAUCGAAAUAACAGACGAUGAUGAGUCAAAUGACUUAAUAAUUGAUGAAUCUGUGCAGGAGGAAGCAGAACAAGAAAUUAUACUUGAUAUUCAGCCACAAUCAGUUAUAAAUAAUCGCGUGAAUGUAAUUCAAUCCAUUGGGAAUCCAAAUAAAAAUCAAAUUAAUCAACAACAAGCACCUCAAAGCAUUACGAAGAGUAAUGAUGAAAAAUCAAUAGACAACAAAGAGACUGAAACGACUACUUCAAAUACUAGCCAAGUAAUAAACGACAUAAGCAAUCACAAUCAAUCUGGCAAAAUUGAUACAGAAAUUCCACUGCCACCCAAAAAGAAAGCAAUUGCUAAAUAUAAUCCAAUUGAACACUACAGAAAAAUUCUGGGUCUCUCAGAAACAAAUACCUCAAGUACAUCAAAAGAAAGUGAAGAGUCAUCAGAGCCUGUUUUUCCAGAUCAUUGGAGAAAGAGAACAUCACAGAAUUUCUUAUUUAGGCGCUAA